AAUUGUAUACACUCAUCAUGAUCAUGAUCUUGAUUUAGGCUGUGCGCCCAAGCAGUUAAUAUGCAGCUCGCACAAAGUUGUUGGUGUACAUGCAUGGUCUAGGGACGAAAGGUAGAGAAUUACAUUAGCUACGCGGUUGCAUAAAAACAACAGGAAUGGAGGAAUCCAACCGUUACAAUACCCCUAUCACUAACUGGAAGUGGGGUUACGCUAUCUUACUCUCCAAGUUCGUGAUCAAUAUGUGGUGUGGCAUCCCCAAAUCCUUUGGUGUUAUCCUCCCUGAGAUGGUUGAUAGAUUCAGCGCGAAUUACGCCACUUUAGGAUUCAUCUGUAGUAUUCCUGGUACAAUCACGCACUUUUUAGGUCCCUUUACUUCCUUGUUGCUUGAGAGGGUCGAUCAUCGUGUUGCUGCUAUGUCAGGAGCGGUAAUAAUAGCAGUGUGUCUAAUAUCAUGUGGCUUCACUUACAACCUCACUGUUUUCGGUAUCCUUCUUGGACUUACAGGUGUGAGAUCCUUUGUAUAUUUCCCGAUCACGCUCCUGUUGAACAAAUAUUUCAAGGAAAACUAUGUUUUGGCCAAUACCCUAGCAUCAUUCGGUAUAACAACGGGGAUAAUGUUCUUACCUAUCAUUACUGAACGAUCGCUGGAAGCUUACGGUUAUCAAGGGGUGUUUCUGAUACUUGGGGGAAUCAUGCUUCAUUUGGUGGCAGCGGCAGCCGUUAUUCGGAAACCGAUAUACAAUACUAGAGACCAUAUCACUGAGCAGGUUUCUUCUGACAUGUCUGAUACAGAUGCAUCUAAGGUUUGCUAUCAUGAACUUUGUGACGGUGAGAAAUGCAGCCUAAAGAUUGAAGGAAGUCAACAAGAUAAAAGGACGAUAGGUGAAUCAAGAAAGGAUGCAACUGAGAUUGAUGAACAAGAGGGAUUAUUAUCAUAUGACGAUGGAGAUAUUCACCGAAAUCCGCAGCAACAUAGUGGAAGCAAUCCUGAAGUGCCUGAAGAGCAGCACAACAGGUUGACCACUGAUGAUCAUCAUGGUGAUGGUUCUCAGGAUACAUUCUGCUGGCUAUUAAUAUCACGCUGUAAACUCUUCCUGGCCAAUGAAGCACUUUUCUUGAUAUGUAUCCCAUCGUUCUUCUUUUAUGUUUAUGCUUUCGAAGCUUGGGUAUUGUUCCUGGUGCCUCACGCAGAAGACCUCGGAAUCAGUUCAUCCAGGGCCGUUUUUCUGUCUUCAAUUGGUGGUGUCGGCGGAUUAAUUGGCAGAUUGAUUGUAGUCGUUUUACUCGUUAGAAAAAUCGACAUGAUCAAAAUUUAUAUCAUAGUCGGUUUUAUAACCAGUUUGACAUUUUUCUUGGAUUUUAUCGAUGAAUCAUUUCUUGUUCGUUCAAUCUGGGCAUUCAUUCAGGGAGUCUGCUUUUUCAUACAGGACACGUGCGAUGCAACUUAUCUGAAAUUCGUUUUGAGAGAUGAAAGCAACUUCAGUUUCGCACUUGGGCUGAUACUGCUAGCUCAUUGUUUUGGCAGUACCUUUUCCGGAGUUUUCACAGGCACCUUACUGGAUUUCACCCAGUCCUACACCAAAGUCUUCAUGAUAACUGGAAUCAGUAGCGCAUGUUUCACCGUCAAUGUAACAGUCAUAUAUCUACUCUUAAAAAGGAGAUCUGCUUCAGAGUCAGUUUUUAUCAAAUCUGCGUAAUUCUUCCAAGGAUUAACGAGCUGAGGGCAGGCUGUUCCUCUGCUUACAGGGAUUCCCUUCUUUCUGACUCAAUCUCUUACAUCUGCAUCUUCCGGCCGGGAAAGAUUAUCUCA